AUGGAGACCGAAGUGAUUGACAAGAUGGAUCCGGGCGGCGGUGGCGCCCUCCGGACUAUUAAAGAUCUGGCCGCAGGCGCAGCAGGUGGAAUGGCUCAAGUUCUCCUCGGUCAGCCUUUCGAUAUUGUUAAGGUGCGCCUGCAGACUACCACUCAAUAUAAGAGUGCGCUGGAGUGCGCAACCAAGAUUUUUAAGAAUGAAGGCCCCGCAGCCUUCUACAAAGGCACACUAACCCCGCUUAUCGGUAUCGGUGCUUGCGUAUCUGUCCAAUUCGGCGCCUACCAUGAAGCGCGCCGCCGCUUGGAAGAGCUGAACAAGAAGAAAUAUGCCGUUUCCGAUCUUUCUUACACACAGUACUACUUGGCCGGUUCAUUUGCUGGUGUCACCAAUUCCGUGCUGUCGGGCCCCAUUGAGCACGUCCGUAUUCGUCUGCAGGCACAGCCCCAUGGCGCUGGUCGUCUGUACUCGGGGCCCCUCGACUGUGUGCGCAAGCUGGCUGCACAGGGCGGUACCCUUCGCGGUCUUUACCGUGGUCAGGCUGUCACUAUCCUUCGUGAGGCCCAGGCUUACGGUGCCUGGUUCAUGGCCUUUGAGUACAUGAUGAACCAGGAUGCCAAGCGUAACAAUGUUAAACGCGAGGAUCUCUCUAAGGCAAAGAUUGCUAUCUACGGUGGUCUGGCCGGUGAGGUUCUCUGGCUUUCCAGCUACCCGCUUGACGUUAUCAAGAGUAAGAUGCAGACCGAUGGAUUCGGCGCGCAGCAGAAAUUCAGCACCAUGCGCGACUGCUUCAAGAAGACCUAUGCUGUCGAGGGUCUCGGUGGCUUCUGGAAGGGUAUCGGCCCUACUCUGCUGAGAGCUAUGCCUGUCUCCGCCGGAACAUUCCUAACUGUCGAGUUGGCCAUGCAAGCCCUCGGCUAA